AUGUGGAAUCUCAUUAAUUAUAAUAUUGACACUGAAACCAACAGUAAAUUUACAUUUUGGAACAUUUUUGGAUAUGAAGAAAAACAAAUUCAAAAUGAAAUAAAUGAUGAAAUCAAUAGAAAUGAAGAUAAAAAUAAUUUAAAAAUUGAAGAUAAUUUAGGAAAUGAUUUAGUUGAAAUAUGUGACAAUUCAAUCUCUGAUAAAAAAGAAAAGAAAAAAAAAAAAAAAAUUGAAAAAAUCAAGGAAAAUAGGAAUAAAUCUCCAUUUUUAAGUGAUCUGAGUUCAUAUGCUGAUUAUUGCACUAGUGAUGAAGGAAAUGAGAAUUAUAAAUUAAAUUUAAAAAAUGAUGAAAUAAUAUCUAAUGAUAAGAAUGAUGAAAAUUGUUUAAUAACAUCAAAAGAAAAAUUAAUUGAAAAAGAAGAGAAAGUAAAUAAAAGAGAAAUAGAUAUAAACGCAGAUAAUGAAGUAAAUACAAAUAAGGUAGAAAAUGUAAAUAAGGAAGACAAUACAAAUAAGGUAGAAAAUACAAAUAAUGAUGAAAAUGUAAAUAAGGAAGAAAAUACAAAUAAGGUAGAAAAUGCAGAUAAGGUAGAAAAUGCAGAUAAUGAAGAAAAUGCAAAUAAGGUAGAAAAUGAAAAUAAGGUAGAAAAUGAAAAUAAGGUAGAAAAUGAAAAUAAGGUAGAAAAUGCAGAUAAUAAAGAAAAUGAAAAUAUAAUGUCAUCUACGAACGAAUGGUUUUUUGAAAAGAUAAAAGGAAUUUUAGAUCCAUCAAUAAAUCAAGAAAGUAUAAGUGAAUUAAUAACAAACAAAUAUAAUAGCUUUAAUGAAGCAAAUGCAGGUAUAUUUGAUUUAUUAGAAAAUUUAUUAUUAAGAAGUAAUACUCAAGAAAAAAUGGAACUGAAAAAAUCACAAAAAAGCCAUUUUUUUUAUGAUCACCAUAAUUCAGUUGAUGAUUCAUUUAAUGAUCAUUAUAACUUUAUUAAUUAUUCAAUUUAUUGUAUUAAUAAAGAAUUAUCUGCCACUGUAGAAUUAGAAGCUACAAAAAUGAUGAAAAUUUAUAACAAUGCAUAUAAUAGUUUUAAAAAAGAAAUUAAUUUUAAUGAUGAUAUAUAUGUAGAUUUACUAAAUGAAGGAGAAGAAUUUUCCACAUUAAUUGUUGAUGAAAAUGAUAAAAUAAAAAAGAGAAUUUUAAAAAUUGAAUUUUUAAUUUUAAUAAAUAUUAAUAGUGAUAAUUACAAUAACAUUAUUGAAUCCCAUAAUGUUCCAACUCCAAAAUUAAAUUUAGAGGAGAUAUUUAAAAUUAACGUAAAUUAA